CAGUAGGUCGGAUGCAGGCUGGGAAGACUAACUCGCUGAGCAUCACAACCUCCCGUCAGUGAUAUUCGUUGUAACCGGCUGUUGUCCGCAAGAUGACGGCGCAUUCGUUCACCAUCCCUAUGAUCGUCUUCACGACCUUUUGGGGCCUCAUCGGUAUCGCAGCUCCUUGGUUUGUCCCUAAGGGCCCUAAUCGAGGUGUUGUUAUAACUAUGCUGGUAACAACAGCGGUGUGCUGUUAUCUUUUCUGGCUUGUGGCCAUUUUAGCUCAGGUGAAUCCUCUGUUUGGGCCCCAACUGAAGAAUGACACCAUCUGGUAUAUCCGAUUUGUGUGGGAGUGAAAGGAUCAGAGUUGCAGCUUAGUAAAGAACAUAUUUUAUAGUAGACAGACGUCAUCAGAAUUCCUGCAUUUGUUUGUAAUAAAAGUGGAAUCUAAUUUUGAGAAACGGAAUGAAGACAACAGCUCCCCGAAAACAACAAACCUAUUUAUUUACUGUUAUCCUGAAGGUUUCUGAAUGUUGUGUAUUUUUUGUGUUUACAAAACAGAAAGUGUUUUGACAAGAUACUAUAUAGCUGACAUAUGUUGUGCACUGACUUUGUACAAUGACCAAUGAGUAUAAUUGCUAAGUAAAUUAAUUACUGUAAAAAAACCACGGGUAUAUGUGACAUUUAUAUGGUUUUCUUGCAACAGUCACCAAAACUAUAGCCACUGGCUUCAUUAUACAAAUCGAGGCUCACAGAGCUUCCAUUAAUUUUAAAACCUUGCAAAUUGCCUGAAAAUAAAGAAUCUUAUGCUCACAA